GGAAGCGACACGCCUUCUUCCAUUCGGAUCCGCGAGAAUCAGCGGCGCUCGCGUAAUCAGCGGAAAGAGCUCAUCCAGGACCUGCAGCGACGCGUGCAGGAAUAUGAAGCCAAAGGCAUCGCCGCUACCCAAGAGAUGCAACGCGCAGCUCGCAAGGUUGCAGAGGAAAAUGCACGUCUAAAGAGCUUGCUGGCCAGCCGUGGUGUGUCGCGCGAGGAGGUGGAUGCGUAUCUACGAUCCUUUGAUGCGCCAAGCGCCCCAAGUCCCUCAGCUGCCGCGCUUCCUGUCGGAUACGCGACGUAUCCUUCUUCAAACGCCGAGCGGGUGCGCAACAAUCAGCGUCGCAGUCGCGCCCGGCGCAAGGCAUACAUUGCCGAACUUGAAACGAAGCUCCGCGAAUCUGAAAACGGAUGUAGUCAAGACCCUACGACAGCAGAGCUCGCGAAAGCUACCCAGGAGGUUCAAUCGCUCAAAAAGCUGUUGUAUACGUUAGGGCUUGACGAAGCAUUCCUCGAGGCUUUCUCGAGAGCCCAGCAUCUCGCAGCACAGUUCUCAAGCUACCAAGAGAGCAUCACACACAUCGGCAGUACGCCUGAAACAUCUUCUCAACAUAUGAAUACUUCAUUGAUCAGCGAGUUGGACACAAGCUCUAUUGUCCCCUCCCAAAAGCAAGCACAUGAGGUUUAUUCACCAUUCGGCGCGGAGAUGGACAUACGGAAUGCGAAUAUGCAACUGAACCUAGUAGAUUCGUAUGCGAUGGACGCGUCGCCCUCAUGGGCAUCGCAAGAUAUGCCUGCUGCCAUGACUCCUCCAGCAUGCGCCAAUGGAGGUUUGAGUUUGUUGAGCCCACUUCAGGAUAACGCGGCCGAGUUUUCGCCAGCAUCGAAUGGACUACCAGCGCAACUUUCAGUUUCGACAACGCUUUGUACAACCGCUUUCUCCCUCGUGCUUGCACAAAACCCCGACGGCCACAGCUCAGAAUAUCUGGACAAGAAGCUAAGGGCGGGCUACCGAUUCAGCACGUCUCCGUUGGAAGGUUGUCGCAUACAAAAUCAUGUCUUGUUGGAGGUUCUUGCAGAGAUUGCAUGA